AGGAAUGGCAUAAUUGGACUAAAAGAAGCAUAUUCUGGGAACUUCCCUAUUGGAAGGACAACUUGCUAAGACACAACAUCGAUGUGAUGCACACAGAAAAAAAUUUCUUUGACAAUGUCUUCAACACAGUUAUGAAUGUUAAAGGUAAGACAAAAGAUAAUGAGAAAGCAAGAAAAGAUUUACCUUUGUAUUGUGCACGAAAAGACUUAGAGUUGAAGGCACAAGGUAACGGCCGAUUAUUUAAACCAAAAGCAAAUUACACCAUGUCAAAAGACGAGACAAGAAUAGUGUGUGGAUGGAUCAAGGAGCUUAGAAUGCCAGAUGGAUAUGCUUCUAACUUGUCCAGAUGUGCCAAUGUUCAGAACGGUACUAUUCAAGGGUUGAAGAGUCAUGAUUGUCAUGUAUUCAUGGAGACUUUCAUCCCUCUUGCGUUCAGUUGUUUGUCAAUGCACGUGUUACAUCCACUGAUAGAAAUCAGUAGCUUCUUUAAAGAUUUGUGUUGCACGACACUAAAGGAAGAUUCCCUUAAAAAGAUGGAUGAAAAUAUCCCGAUUAUUCUCUGCAAAUUGGAAAGAAUAUUCCCUCCUGCAUUCUUUGAUUCAAUGGAGCACAUUCCAAUUCAUCUUGCAUAUGAAGCUUGGCUUGGGGGACCCGUGCAGUACAGGUGGAUGUAUCCCUUUGAAAGGUUUAUGGGAGAAUCCAAACGGUCAGUUAAAAAUAAAGCUAGAGUGGAAGGCUCAAUAUGUGCAGCUUACUUGCACAGAGAGACAACUUAUUUUUGUUCACAUUAUUUCAAGAACUUCAUGUUGUCUCCCACUCAUGUCAGAAAUGAAAUGCAAUGGCAAGUUGAACCACGUGAAGGUGCAUUAUCAGUUUUCCGACAAUCAGGCCGUCACGCAGGGAAAGAAUUCACUCAUUGGUUAACUGAUGCUGAAUUCAACUCCGCUCAUGUCCAUGUCUUGAUCAAUUGCAGUGAAGUCAAGCCGUACCUUGAGUAUGUCAUCAUCCAUCUCUAAUCUAUCAAAAGGUUUAAUUGUUAUACACUAAUUAAUUUCAUUUGUACCAGCUCAUUUGUUGUGGCUGAGCAAGUCACAGAAGGAAAUACUUCUGCUAGAAUACACUCUGAGUUUCCCCAUUGGUUUAGAAAUCAGGUUUUUAAUCAGGCAUUAACUCCCACGGUUCAAGAGUUAAGACAUCUCUCCAAUUGACCAAUGAGAUGUGUCAAAGAAUGGCACACUUACUUCAUCAAUGGUUACAAAUUCCAUACACAUGAAUGGUCUAAAGGAAAGAAAACAUCAAAUUGUGGUGUGUAUGUCAAGGGCCUAACAGAGGGGUCUUAUGAUGAUUUCUACGGCAUCAUUCAUAAAAUAUAUGAGUUAGAGUACAACAACACUACUUCUCCAAACAGAGUGGUACUGUUUUAUUGUGAAUGGUUUGAUCCUUCUAGAGCUGGUACUAGAGUCGAUCCACGCUUUAAUAUUGUCGAACUGAACCAGAGAUUAAGAUAUGGGCCUUUUGAUCCUUUCAUUCUACCAUCUAAUGUCAGACAGGUUUAUUAUGUGCCAUAUCCACCAUUUCGCAAUAUUGACAAGCGUGGUUGGGCCGUAGCAAUACAAACGAAGCCUAGAGGUCGCAUAGACUCAAAUGAAGUUGAGGAAGAUGUAGCCUACCAACUUGACCAAAUGUCACAACCACAAGAAAUUAUCGAAGUUGAACGUAUAACCGCAUUGGUCGACCCUGAUGGUGAUGGAGAUGAAUUAGAAGCAACAAUACAAGGUGAUGAAGAACAAGAGGAAGAAGAAGAAGAAGAAGAAGAAGAAGAAGAAGAUGAAGAAGAACAAGAAGAAGAAGAUGAUGAUGAUGAUGACGAUGAAGAAGAAGAACAAGAAGAAGAAGACGAUGCUGAAGAUGAAGAUGAAUAUGAUGAUGAUGAUGAUGAUGAUUGAAUGUUGAACAUCUAUUGUAGCAAAUUGGACUAUCAUUUCAUUACCAUUAUCUAAAAUACCAUCUUUAAGUUGUAUGCAAUUACUUAUACAUUGACUUUGAAAACAAUUGUUCCUUCUUUAUUUAUUUAUAUUUUUUCGCUUUAUUUGUAACCAUUUGAAUGCAGUAAUGACAGGACAAGGUUAAGAGCGUCCUGAUAAAGGAAAAGGGGUACCAAGGCCUACAAAGAGGCAACGACAGGCACCAAAGUAUGUACUUAGGGUGCCUGCUAGACUACCUACCACUGCUCCUGGUAGUACAUCAUCUGUGGGGCCUCCUCCUACCCCUAGUAUACAGACUCCUACACCUGCAGUAGACCCUACUCCUCCUCCUGCAGUACACCCUUCUACUACCACUGCAGUAGACCCUUCUCAUACUCCUGCAGCACACCCUUCUACAACCCCUGCAGCAGACCCUCUUCCUCCUCCUAUUAUUGCCACCCUCACU